CUGAAGCAGAUUCAUGCCUUGUCCAUCCAGGGUAACUAUGAGUUGAGGAUUGACCUGGAGGACUUUGACAACAGUACAGCCUACGCCCAGUACGAGACCUUUGGAGUGGGCCUGUUCUCUGUGGACCCAGAUGACGAUGGAUACCCACUGACGGUGGGAGAUUACUCCGGAAACGCAGGUACAUGUUUAUAUCUGACUGACCAGUUCCCUUUGGGGAUCAAUAAAGUAUAACUCUAAUCUUCAAUGAAAAUUGAACAUUGACGUUUGAUUCUAAUGAUAGAUUAGGUCGUUGUAGACCUAGACAUCGAUCAAAGACUAAAGCACCCCAAACACAAACAUAUAAGCUUCAGAUUUACGCCUCAAAUACUACAAGUGUAACUCAGCAAUGCAUUGAUUCUAUCUAUAUUCAUAUCUGCUGUGUCAUCUGCAGUAGUCUUGUUAAUAUUGUUAAGUGCUGAGGGAAGGAGGGAGGGAGGGAGGGACAGAGGGAAGUGUUUGGUUUUGGUCCCCACUGUGUUGUGUUAGUGUCCAAUGAUUAAACAAUAUAGACAGACAGACUGAGGGGGACAAACAGUGUCUGUCUAUUCCCCAAACGCCACAUCUCAGCCAGUGCUCCGUCAACGUGAAUAAAUUACUAGUCAAUGAAUUACUGUGGUUGACCUGCAGCGUAAACAAAACACUGUCUCACACCCGUCGCUACAAAGAAGCAAUUUGAAGAAUCUUUGGGUCACUUAGCACAGCACACAGACAGAGAAGGGGGACAGAUGAGAGAGGAGGGAUGGGGAGAGGAUGUAGAAAGGAGAAGAGAGAGAGAGAGAGAGAGAGAGAGAGAGAGAGAGAGAGAGAGAGAGAAGAGAGAGAGAGAGAGAGAGAGAGAGAGAGAGAGAGAGAGAGAGAGAGAGAGAGAGAGAGAGAGAGAGCUUAUAGCUUCUCUUCCUACUGCAAUGCAACUGACCUUCAACUGACAACGUGCCUGUUGGACAUUUGAAUCCCACUGCAGCAUGUGUAGCCUCCCCCCUGUAUCCUCGUACCCUCUUAGUACCACUAUUAUUGUUGUUAUCAUCCGCAAUGACUGUUUUAGACACCUACCACUCUUCUGCCCCUCUCACACACACACAUACACACAAAUACACACACACACACAUGCACAUACACACACACACACAAUUUCCUCUGAUCUGGGAUGUGUAGACAGGUGGUUAUUGUGGCUGGAAGCAGCUGGAUCUUAAUGGUGUUCAGUGGAGCCGCCCAUCCCGUCCCCUUCCCUUUACCCAGACAAGGUGACACUGAGCGGGCUGCAAAUGAGACGCUAAGUGCCCCUAGCCUGGUUCCUCUCUCUCUCCCCUUAUUUAGUUUCAUCCGGUAACCAUCAUCAUGCUGUCACAAUGGGUUGAGGUUGUAUGUUUUGAUCUUUUUUCUCUGUUUUGUCAUUGCUCCUGUCGGAACUAGUUGCACCAUGGGUUACCGUGGAAACUGCAAAUUGAGAGAGGGGUGGGGUGGCAGAGGGAGUUUGGUUGGAGGGGAGAAGGGAGUAGCAGUGGACACACCCAGCCAGGGAUUUAACGGCUUAAGAUGCCCAGACGAGCUGCUAGUGAAUACCUCACCGCAGGAGAGGAGGGUUUUCCUCCUCUCCUCCAUCAGGUGUUUUUCUAUCCCCCUCUGGUCACAGACACAGCAUGAAGCAUUAUAGAAAGCGGGAGAUAGGGAGCGAGGGAAAGAGUGAAAAACACUCAUACACAGCCCGUGUAGCUCAGUUGGUAGAGCAUGGCGCUUGCAACGCCAGGGUUGUGGGUUCGUUUCCCACGGGGGGCCAGUAUGAAAAUGUAUGCACUCACUAACUAACUGUAAGUCGCUCUGGAUAAGAGCAUCUGCUAAAUGACUAAAAUGUAAAAAAAUUGAUAUAUAAAUCCACAUCCAGGCACUCAUAUCCUUUUGUUCAUCAAGAGCCUGAAGAGUUGCCAUGAAACACCAAUAACAAAUACAUUAUUCUCUGAAAUCGUUUAUUGUGUGGUACAGAAUGACAUCACUCAACAUCCCCAUGUGCAGUGCCACUGCCAGUAAGCCAACCACCCUAGUGUGACAUUCAGCUCAAAGCUGUAGCCUAUACAGAUGUAGGAUCUUAAUUUGAUCACUCUUUUGUUGCUGGGAAUUUUCCUUCAGAACAGGAAAUGCAAACUUGUGGUGUAUUUGAGUUUUAAAAAGGCUUCUAAUGUUUGUAAUUUCCACUUUGAAAUUUCAGACUUGAUUGGACAAAAUGUCCAAUAAUUAUAAUCCACAUAAUGAUUCACAUUUCCUGUUGCUACAGGAUUCUUUUCUGCUUUAGCAAACUGACUCAAAUUAAGAUCCUACAUCUGUAGCUAACAGUGUCCUGUACCUCUCUGUAGUUAUAUUUCUGCUGUAGCAUCAAAGCUCCUCAUUGUAUAUGUGUGUGUGUGUGUGUGUGUGUGCACUUGCACACACAUAUGUGUGUGUGUGUGUGCUGUGACAGUUGUGUAGUGAUCGGAUCGUUAGGGAGGUGAUAUUAGCAGAAUGAUAAAAAGGUCAGCCUAGAGCCCUUUGAUAAAUAAACAACAUAGCGUUGUAACCCUGUGAUUUAUGUAAUGAGGACUGAUCUUCUAGAAAGGAGAGGAGGCAUCGCUCUCUGAUCUCACGUCAUUUAUGGAAAUUAUUGAUUGUAAAAUCCUGAGUCAUUUAGGUAAAUGAAUGGGAAAGCUGUGCUGCUCUCUGAUGUAAGAGAUCUCUGGUCAAAUACAUUAGUUGAGCUAGGAAGGACCAAUCAAAGCACUGAGAAUUUUUUUUUUAUUUGAUCAUCCUCUCUCAAUUAUCUUCUUCUCCUUUCUUGUCUUCCCAUCCAUCCUCUAUUUCUCCUCUGUUCAUCCUUGUCCUUUUCAUUUGACUGUGUGUGUGCUUACGUGUGCGUACGCGUGUAUGUAAAUAUGGUUGUGUCUUUGUUUGUACAUGAAUGUACCAUAAAUGUGUCCUUCACCCAUCCAAUCCGCCCCCCACCUUCCACCACCAACCCGCUCCUCUCCCACCAUACAGGCGAUGCUCUGCUCAAGCACAACGGGAUGAAGUUCACCACCAAAGACAAGGACAACGACCACUCUGAGAACAACUGUGCCUCCUUCUACCACGGCGCCUGGUGGUACCGCAACUGCCACACGUCCAACCUGAACGGACAGUACCUCCGCGGGCAGCACACCUCCUAUGCUGACGGCAUAGAGUGGUCCACCUGGACCGGCUGGCAGUACUCCCUCAAGUUCUCUGAGAUGAAGAUACGACCCGCGCGCGACGAGAGCAAA